UUCAACCAACCUUCUAACUCCUUGUACUUGUAAAAUGGCCUCAAGGAACCAACAAGUCGCCCGUGUCCUCGGCCUCGUGAGCGUGUGGCUUCUCUUGCAGCAGAGCUCUCACGCAUUCGAAUUCAGAGUGGGAGGCUCGCAAGGCUGGGCAAGUCCCUCCGACCCCAAUGCCUCCGUCUACAAUUACUGGGCUCAACACUCCCGAUUUCAAAUCGGUGAUUCAUUGCUUUUCGUGUAUUCAUCGGAUCACGACUCGGUCCUGCGCGUAAGCAAGGAGGACUAUGAAAGCUGCAACACGGAGAAGCCGCUCGACAAGUUCACCGAUGGCCACACGGUCUACAAGCUCAACGCAUCGGGGCCGCAUUACUUCAUAAGUGGUGUAGCUGAUAAUUGCCACAAAAAUGAGAAGUUGAUAGUUGUUGUGAUGGCUGAUCGGAGCAAGCAUGAUUCCAAUGGAACUCACUCUCCCUCACCCUCGCCCUCACCCACGCCCUCGCCACCCGAGGACAUGACUCCCCCGUCCCCGGCCCCUGCAGGGGAGGAAUCUCCUCCUCCCCCACCUGCGGAGGAGAGCAACCCAACCCCGGCUCCAUCUGAGGAAUCUCCUCCGCACAAGAAUGGGGCGGGAUCGGGUGUGGUGGGGAGCAUUGCGCUUUUCUUUGCUUCCUCAUUUGCAUUGGCUCUUUGAAGUUUGAGGUUUGGAAUUGAAUAUGUUUUUUUUUUUUUUUUUUUUUUUUUUUUUUUUUUUUGUAAGGUUUGGAGUUUUUGGCUUGUUUUGUUUGGUGGUAGAUUCAUUGUGUGUUUGAUGCACUUAUGGGAAUAAUAAGGCGAGUGUUCGCAAUUAAUUGCCAUGUAAUUUGUGUAUUGUAUUGAUUUGUACGAAUGAAAUAAAUUCUUGUAUUUGUAAUUCUUCA